GCUUGUCAAAUCUCCUUAGAUUUGAGUUAAGUUUCUGACUAAUUUCUAGGAGAAAACGUACUAAAACCAAGGAUCAACACUGCAGAGAGACACGUAAGGGUCACUAGCACAGGACACUGGAACAUAGAUUUUGUGGCACUUGAAGUGCUGACAGUUUUAAUGAUUUUUCCACAACGACACGGCCUUUGGUCGGUACCGCAUUUGGUAUCUAUAUAUACAAGUCAAAUGGGAUAACUGAAUCAUCAUUUCCGCAAUUGUUUGCUUAAACAAGGAAGCUUUUUUAUGCCAUAACAGCCCAGCAAGUCAGGAAGGCAGAUUUCUUCUGAUAUUCUUGAAAUUGUGAGAGGUUUUGAUUUUCUUCUGAUUUUGAGAAUUUCUGUAACGAUCACAUCUGGGUUUUGUUUGGAUUCUUUGGUAGAUUCAUCGAUAGCAGGAAAAAAAAAAAGAAUGAGCAGAAUGCCACAGGUUUGGCAGACCGAAGAAAGCAGCAAGCUUGGAUCAGAGGAAGGGAACUGUUCAGGUUGCGAGGGGUUGAUGGUUAUGUGUUCAAAGAGUAAAAUUGAUGGGAUGGAAGAACUUGAGGAUAUGGUGAAUCAGAAAUUGAACAGUAUGAUUAGCCUAGUGGAGCAAAGAUUUGAGGAGAUUGAUCAAAGAAUUCUUGCCAUUGGUCAAACGGUAAAGAAACUUGAAGUGGCUGUGGAGAAGCUCUUGGUUAGUUGUAGGAGUAAUAUUGAGAAGACAAUACAGGACACCAAACAAAGAUGCAUGAAGUUAAAAUUCAACAGCAAUAUCUCCGUUCCUUUUCUAACUGGAGAGCAAAUCAAAGGAGAAGGAGGUAACAAUUUGCAACUGUCUCUGAUUGAUAAUUGUACAGGAGCAAUUGUUGACUUUGGACGAGAAGCCUCUGCUCAAGUGGAAAUAGUUGCUCUCGAGGGAGAUCUAGAUGAUGAUGAUGAAGGAGAUGCUUGGACAGCUGAAGAGUUUCAAAGUAAAAUUGCUCGAGAUAGGGAAGGAAAAAGAUCUGUUCUUGCAGGAAAGUUGCAACUGAAAUUGAAUAAAGGAACUGUGUCUUUGUCUGAUGUUAAGUUUAGAAGUUCUCAACGCUAUAAUGGUGGCAUCUUCAAGCUAGGGGCUUGCGUUGUUGAUACUUUUGAUGGCAGUCAAGUAAUAGAAGCGAAGACAAAAUCUUUCCAAGUGAAUGACUAUCGCAAAAAAUAUAACCAGAAGCAUCACCCCCCUUCUGCAUCUGAUGAGGUUUGGCGGUUAGAGAACAUUGGGAAAGGUGGUCCUAUCCAUGAUCGUCUGAAGGGGGCCAACGUGAACCAUGUGAAGGAUUUCCAGACUAGACUCUCAGAAGACCCUGAAGAGCUCAAAUGCCUAGUAGGUCUACCUGCAAAGAAGUGGGAGGCCACAGUGAACCACGCUCAAGCAUGCAUACCUGAUAAUAUGGUUGGACAGGUUCCUCCACCAGCUGAUGCUUGCAAUGUGUCAGUAGCAUCUGGAGAUGAAGACGAAGGAGUCUCUUUUGAUGUUGGAGAUCCUCUUCUGCAGAUCAUUUCUCCCUCAUCUAAUAUUGUGGAACUUCUAAGUUCUCCAAGGCUAGAACACUUUAGGGGUCAAGAUACUGUGGCCACCGAAAUGGGUGAAUGUGAUCCUACAAUCUUAAACAACUCUUUUGAAUGUACCCUUUCUUCUAUCCAUCACACUAGUUUUGGUAAAGUUGAAAGUCGUAAUACUAAUUGCACUGAUAAUGUGGAGAUCAUGAAUAGGUUGCAUUCAAGUUCACAGGGUCUGGAAUCUUUUUCCCCAAGUGACAGUCCAGUUAUCGACUUCGAUGAAGUUAAAAAUUGGCUAGACGAAGACCCUGGUGUGGGAUCAUGUACCAGCCACAACCAGAAGAAGAGUUGGACCUUAUUGUUUACAGUCUCAAAAUGGUUCUCAAGAAGAAAACGAACAACAGCUUUUGAGGGGAAUCAUAUUCAGAAGAAGCAAAGAAUCUGUUACUGAGCCAAGUUUGCAUAGUUUGCCCAGAACAUUAGACUCGAUAACUGUUGGAUACUACAGGGAAAACUUGUACAGAGUUUGAAUACUUAUAUGAUCAUGGAUGUAGAACUAUAUUAGGAGUAGAGGGAUAUCUUCUGACAAGGCUUGAAAGAAACGUACAGGACGGCAUCGUCAGAUAUGGUUCUUGCAAUUUGGUGAAUGUUUAAUAUCUGUAGCUUUGGCCCUUCAAAGAACAAUCAAUAUAGAAGUC